CGCCCGCCGCCUCCCCCUGCGCCCCUGCCCGCGCCCCUGCCCUCACCCUGUGCUGCCGGCGCCUUGGACACGCCGUCCCCAGCACCUCUGCCCCUAACCUUUGCCCUGAAGAUGAAGGUUUGGCUGUUGCUUGGUCUUCUGCUCGUGCAGGAAGCGCUCGAGGAUGUCACUGGCCAACACCCUCCCAAGAACAAGCGUCCAAAGGAGACAGGAGAGAACAGAAUCAAGCCCGCCAACAAAAAGGUGAAGCCUAAAAUUCCUAAAACAAAGGACAGGGACUCAGCUGAUUCCCAGCCAAAGACACAGUCUAUAAUGAUGCAGAUGAUGGAUAAAGGUCGCUUCCAGAAACCUGCUGCUACCCUGAGUCUGACAGCGGGGCAAACUCUAGAACUUCGAUGUAAAGGGAAUAAAAUUGGAUGGAGCUACCCUGCAUACCUUGACACCUUUAAGGACUCCCGCCUCAGCGUGAAGCAGAAUGAGCGCUAUGGCCAGCUGACCCUGGUCAACUCCACUGCAGCUGACACUGGCGAGUUCAGCUGCUGGGGGCAGCUCUGCAACGGCUACAUUUGCAGGAAGGACGAGGCCAAAACGGGCUCCACCUACAUCUUUUUUACAGAGAAAGGAGAGCUCUUUGUACCUUCUCCCAGUUACUUUGAUGUUGUCUACUUGAACCCGGACAGACAGGCUGUGGUUCCUUGUCGAGUGACCGUCCUGUCAGCCAAAGUCACUCUCCAUCGCGAGUUCCCGGCCAAGGAAAUUCCCGCCAAUGGAACAGACAUUGUUUACGACAUGAAGAGGGGCUUUGUGUACCUGCAACCUCAUUCUGACCACCAGGGGGUAGUCUACUGCAAGGCAGAGGCUGGGGGCAAGUCUCAGAUCUCUGUCAAGUACCAGCUCCUCUACGCAGAAGUUCCCAGUGGCCCUCCAUCAACAAGCAUCUUAGCAUCCUCAAACAAAGUGAAAAGUGGGGAUGACAUCAGUGUCCUCUGCACUGUCCUAGGGGAGCCUGAUGUUGAGGUAGAAUUCAGGUGGAUUUAUCCAGGGCAGAAGGAUGAAAGACCCGUGACGAUUCAAGACACUUGGAGGCUGAUCCACAGAGGACUUGGACACACCACAAGAAUCUCCCAGAGCGUCAUGACAGUUGAAGACUUUGAAACCAUUGAUGCAGGAUAUUACAUUUGCACGGCCCAGAAUCUCCGAGGACAGACUACAGUAGCCACUACUGUUGAGUUUUCCUGACUUGGAAAAUGAAGUAUAAUGGACUGAUGGAAAGCCCAUUUGUGUACACAACCAGCUUUGGCGUUCUUUCGACUAGUGCUUUGCCAGAGGCUGAUGUUCAGCGCGAAACCCCAACCCCUGCCUUUGGAGUAAGACCCAGACAUCCAAACUGAAAGGAAGUCAUCGGUCUAACAGAAGUGUUAACUUCUCUGGCAGAAAGCAUGUAUUCUGACUGCUUACCUACGUAUAUGCAUUUCUGGUUUUUAUACUAAGAAAGCAUAUAUGUGAACAACUUUAUAUAAUCAUGUCUAUUAAACAAGCAACAUUUCAUAAAAAUGGGCUAAGUGCUCGUUGUUUAGAUUGGCUUGAAGUAUAUCCAGAAGGACUUGGUGGCAGUAAUAUUUGGGUUAAUACCUAACGUUCUAUUUGAUUUAAUAAUAAUACACAAGAAUCUAAAAAUGUAAUGGUAUAUAGUUCAAAUACGUGUGAACUAUGAUAUGAAGGUAUCAGAAAGUCAUAGCACCUUGCCUUUAAGAAACAAAAAAACUGCUGUACUCAGAAGUACUUGUUCUAGGUUAGUACAGUCAGUAAGAGCUACAGCAAGUGUUUUUAAAAGUUUUACUUUCAAUAUAAAAUAGAUGCAUAGAUCAAGGAAGAUUCAACUUCGUUUAGACGUUUUCUUACCAUCUUCAAAAAUAUUUAGACCAUAAUGCCAAUUUUCUUACCUUAUAGAGCAGAAAUUGUUAAAAACCAGUCAAAAGUUAUUUCUCCAAAACACAUAGAGCUAAGCUUUUCUUUUCUAAAUUCAAAGCUAAGUCUAGGACUGUGAGCCAAAUUUCAGCCCAUGACCAAUUUUGUGGUUGUGUUGGACAUUCCUGGGAAAUAGCUUAGGAGGAGACAUGAUGUCAGCUCCCAUGCUAUGAGAAGGGCUAUAAACCGAUGACACUUUGGAGAGUGAAGUAUGUGACAGGUUCCAAUUCUCAUAUUGAAUAUUCCAGCAUUAUUUAUUUGAUCAAAGUAAAAAUACACUUUCCAUCACUACAAACUGAGCACAACUACAGCUGUUUACACAUCCAUAUUUUUAUGACGUGCCAACAUUUUGCAUCCUACAUGAAACAUUUGGUUUGAAAAAAAUCUUAAAGUUCUCUGUUUUGUUUCCUGUCUUCUCUCCAGUUGUCUGGCAUUCUCUGAAGACAUUUUAUACUAAUUGUGUAAGAUUGAUUUCCCCAGACAGCUAAAUAGUACAGAGGAGAGCAGGGAACAGCACAAGAUUUGCCAUUCGAGGGGAUGGGUGGCAAACCCAACUUUGGCUAAUGACAUUGAGAACAACUUGAAAGGGGAAGCAGAGAGAUACUCCAGGAGGUGGCAGUGAACUGACAUUACCAUUUAUCAGAAGCAAACAAGGAAGGUUACAUACAUAAUAAACUAUUGAAGUUUAGACUUCAGACACAACUGCUAAUAAUAAAAAAAACAUGCAUCAUGACUAUCAAUUUGCUAUGUAGUGUACAUGUAAAUGAUGAAUCAAAUAUCCACCUCUAGUAUCCUGAAUCUGCUCUUACUACAGGGGUUAUUUGUACAGCCAUCAGCAACACAGAUUAGUAAAUACUGACAUCACAAUGUUAACACAUGCAGGGAGAGGGAGAAAAAGCCACAGUUCUUCCACGUCCCCGAAGUAUUAGAAUAGGGAGAGGAGAUAAGCAAAGUUUCGAAAAGAAACUGAAAUGUGACUUGGAGGUGAGUUGUGGAAGCCACAUUUUCCACUCAUCUACCUUCCCAAGGACAGGAGGAUUCCUCAAAGGGUACAUGGAAACUCAGCAUGACCUUCCCAGACUGUUUACUUCUAUUAAAUACUGCAUCACUGGUUUAAUCAAGGUACUCUAGUCAUCAAAAAGCACUGAAUCCUACCUUUCUUAGUUCUACUAGCCAAUGACUCUUAUUCUUUAUUCCCUCUAGGGUUUCCAAAAAUUGGUACUAUCAGAUCCAGGCCAUGGUUUUUUUUGGAAAGUGGUUUCAGCACCUUGAAGAUGAGCUGGCUCUGGAAAAGCGUAUUCCAUUAUCCUUGCCCUAGAGAAACAUAGGUAGGAGGUAGAAGGUUUGCUUUUGUGGCUCUGGCUGGGGGAGGAAGGAAAGGGAGGAAAUCAGGAUAAUGCGAGAAGACAGUUUAAGUCUGUGAGGAUAGCUUAGAUCAAGGUAAAAGUGAGGCAGACAUAAUCCAUGGGUGCUGCCCUUUUUCUUCAUACAGAUUUUUAGAAAAAUUAGGGUUUUACAUUUGCUCAUAGCCUGAGAAAAUGGAUUGUAGGAAAAUGUUAGGUUCACGUGGGAAAGUUACAAUUCUACAGAAAAUAAAUCUGGCUAGUUUCUACUGACAUGGCUGGACACUGAACGACUGCACA